CCUUCUGCCCAACGUGGGGCUCUGGGCGCUGUACCGCGAGCGGCAGCCCGACGGCACCCCCGGGGGCUCGGGGGCGGCGGGGGCCCCGGCGGCCGGACAGGGCUCACAGAGUCGGCAGAAGAAGGCGUUUCUCUUGGGAGAUGGGCAGAAGCUGAAGGACUGGCAUGACAAGGAGGCCAUCCGGAGGGAUGCUCAGCGCGUGGGAAAUGGAGAACAAGGGAGACCAUACCCCAUGACUGACGCUGAGAGAGUGGACCAGGCGUACCGAGAAAAUGGAUUUAACAUCUACGUCAGUGAUAAGAUCUCCCUGAAUCGCUCUCUCCCUGAUAUUCGGCACCCAAACUGCAACAGCAAGCGCUACCUGGAGACCCUUCCCAACACAAGCGUCAUCAUCCCCUUCCACAACGAGGGCUGGUCCUCGCUGCUCCGCACCGUCCACAGUGUGCUCAGCCGCUCACCCCCGGAGCUGGUCGCCGAGAUCGUGCUGGUCGACGACUUCAGUGAUCGAGAGCACCUGAAGAAGCCCCUGGAAGACUACAUGGCCCUCUUCCCCAGCGUGAGGAUUCUCCGAACCAAGAAACGGGAAGGGCUGAUACGAACCCGCAUGCUGGGGGCCUCCGUGGCAAUAGGAGAUGUCAUCACAUUCUUGGAUUCGCACUGCGAGGCCAAUGUCAACUGGCUUCCCCCGCUGCUUGACCGCAUUGCUCGGAACCGCAAGACCAUUGUGUGUCCCAUGAUCGACGUGAUUGACCACGACGACUUCCGGUACGAGACGCAGGCGGGGGACGCCAUGCGGGGUGCCUUUGACUGGGAGAUGUACUACAAGCGGAUUCCCAUCCCUCCAGAGCUGCAGAAAGCUGACCCCAGCGACCCAUUUGA